GUGAGACUUUUCGAAGAAAGGCUAACAGAUUCUUUGAAUAGAACUUGCUUGUCGCAAAAAUUUGAAGUUUCAUAAGAACACAUCUAUUUUCUAGCGAAAUGUAUGUGAAUACCAAUGAUUGUAAUUCGCUGGACGAGUUGGUAAAGCGUGUCAGUGAAGAAAUGAUUUCACAUAAUGUUGUCAUGGUGGAUAUUGAUACAGGAAGAUUGAAAAUGAAAGUAGAUGAGAGACCUCUCGUAACUGUUGAUAACGCUCUUCGAAGAAUGAUCUCAUAUGCUUCGUGGAAUUCGUUAAUUAUCUGCUCUCGCUGUGAUCUCUUGACAACUGAUCUCUUAGUGAUGUUAUGUAGAGGUAUCACGGCUUGGACCAAUUUGUACUGCGGCAGCAGACCUGUUACAAUAUUUUUUCUUCAAGAAUCUAGAUUGCCAUUGAAUGAUGAGAGAAAAUCAGUGAUGGAAAUACAAGGCAAGUUGGAGAGGAAAAUACGUUCACUGUUUCGCAGAGAUAUUGUGGAACCGAAUAAUCUCAGUUAUCCGAACAAAUAUAUGAGACCUGAUUUUGAUCCUCAUGCAGAGCUCAAGGAUAUUGUUACAGAAAUGCCUGGUUUUUUGUGGAACAAUGCUGUGGAAGUAGCUAAAGAGACGGUAGGUAAUUUUGGAAUCUACAAACCAAAAAUUCUUGAGGAUUUGGGCAAUCUCCGACAUGGACAGUUCCGCAAAGAUAUUUCGUUCAAAACACUAGAGUCAUUUAAAUUUUGGCGGUGUGGUGCUGAUUCCGAUAGUAAUGAAGGAUUUUCAAAAUGUGAAUUUAUACCUACCGACCGAAAAACGGCCUUAUUCAGAGGUACAUUAAGUACAGAGCUAAUAAAGGAUGGACGAAUUGAACGAGCAGGAUGGGCAGCCAUCAAAUUCGAAAAUAGGGGACCUUUUUUGAAGAAAAGAUAUUUUAGUAGUUGGUCAAACUAUUCUCAUUUCCUUAUAAAGUGCCGUGGUGAUGGACGUACGUAUAAAAUUUCAUUGAAUUCACCGCUUUUGUUUGAUGUUACCUGGGGUGACGCCCAUAGUUAUUAUUUGCAUACUCAUGGAGGCCCCUACUGGCAAUAUGAAGUAAUUCCGUUCUCGAAGUUUAUUCAUACUGUACGCAACCGAAUCAUGGAUAAACAGUAUCCAAUAAAUAAUAUUAAUGUCAGCUCAUUAAUGAUAAUGUUGAUGGAUAGGAUUGAUGGAGAUUUUUCGCUUGAAAUUGAUUACAUUGGUGUGUUGCACGAUAGAAGUCAUUUAGAGGAACAUUCUUACGAAGCUUAUCAAUUGCCAAUAAUGUUUACUGAGGGCAUAUAA